AUGGCUCAUGAAAUUCUGUCUGGGGGUAUGCGUGGCUUGACGUCUCCUUACGGCGAAUACUGGAGGAAGUGGAGGAAGGUGCAACACACAGGUAUGAGCGGCCGAGCCUCUGUAGCAUACCAAGAACAUCAAAUGCUCGAGUCAGUCCUCGUCCUUAAGCAACUUCUUGUCGAUGCAGACCGUUACAAGGAUAUCAUUCAAAGAUUUGCCGUGUCCAUCGUUUUGGGAAUCAGUUACGGGAGAAGAGCAGCCAGUUUGGAAGACGAGAUGGUCAAGUCUAAUGCAGCAGCUAUUGCAGGUUUGUCGGAUUGCAUCUCACAUCCAUAUUGGCGCUUAAAUUCCGUCUUUGCCUAUUCGUCUUCGCUCCGCACAAGUGGCACAAAGUGCUACCGUCCAUUACAAUCAUUCCGAAAAUCCGCAGAGCUCGUGCAAGAAAAAGACGAAGCACUGUUCAUUAUGUUUAACCCGAUCAAGACGUCUGCUAGCCUGGAGUGGUUCAUCGUGUCUGCUUUGGUCCAUCCGAAUGAGACUACGAAGGCGAGAUCAGAGAUCGACUCUGUCGUUGGCCGAUCUAGGCUACCCACAUUUCAGGAUGCAAAACAUCUGAAGUACUUAGAAGCCUACAUCAAGGAGCUUCUUCGAUGGAGGCCCGUUGUGCCUAUGGGAGUUCCCCACAGCGUCACAGAAGACGAUAAAAUGGAUGUCAAUGACGGAAGGAUUUAUAAAGGCACCACUGUUUGGGCUAACAUCUACACAAUGAUGAAAGAUCCAUCAAUGUUUCCAGACCCACAUGUCUUCCGCCCCGAGCGUUUCCUCAAGUCGACCGAUCCUCGAUUCAAGGACUUUACUCUUCCCUUCGGUUUCGGCCGAAGGAUGUGUCCUGGUAUGCACGUCGCUUCGCAGAGCGUUUUUAUCGUGAUCGCACGGAUGCUUUGGGCCUUCAACAUAACACAGUUGUCCGACGCAGACCUCUCGGACGGGUCGGCGUACCAGACGGACGGCUUAGUGAUGAGUCCCAAAAAGUUUAACUUCAGGGUCAGUCCUAGGACAGGCGACGUGCUCAGUAUGAUAAAUAACGAAGCCAUCGAGGCCGAAGCGAGGUUACGCGAGUGGGACUGA